GGCGAAGGAGAAGAAGAACCUGCUGUUUCGUAUAAGCCGUUUUAUCGAGUUCCAAAACAGGGCAGCCCCUGUUUGUACUUUGCAGCUGCUGUUUGUGUUUGAAGUUUUCGGUUCUACACCAAAAUAUGGUGGAGAGCAGUGUAGAGGCAAGGAAGAUGAAAAUUCGUGUCCAAGAGGAGCAGCCAGCAGUCGUUUUUAAGCAUCGAGAAUCCGAUGAGCAGCGUGAUAAUCUAUUUCACAGCCGAUGCUUUGUCGAAGGCAAGUUAAUUUCGUUCGUGAUCAAUGGAGGUUGCUGCUCAAACAUCAUCAGCCUAUACGCCGUUCAAAAGCUUGGAUUGACGACACAAAGGCAUCCAGCACCUUACCAACUCAGUUGGAUCAACGAGCAUGGAACAAUUAAUGUGACGAACCAAGCGGUGGUUCGUUUUCAACUCGGCAGCUACGAAGAUGAGGUAAUUUGUGAUGUUGUGUCGAUGAAUUAUGUUCACCUAAUACUGGGUCGACCUUGGCAAUUCGACAGAGGGGUUACCCAUAAUGGUUGGGAGAAUUCCUACACAUUCAGAUACAAAGGUAGGAAAAUCAAGCUGAAACCUCUUUCUCCAGACGACGUUUACACUGAUCAGAAGCAAAUAGAGGAGAAUCAAAACGAAGGAAAGGAGCCUCGGGCUCAAUUAUGGAUUAAAAGAUGUAUUGGAUUCAAUUUCCUGAGCUUUCGAAAGCUCCAGAGGGAAUUUCCCACGCCAGAAACGACAGCCAGCAACGACCUCUGCUUUUCUGAUGUGAAACAGAGUUCCGCCUUCAGAAGUCCUGCCGACGUCGUAGAAGCAAAGCCGGUACACGAUGUGGCCAAAAACGUGUGCUUGGACAUUGGAGGAACAACGAAGAGUCUUGAGAAAUCUCCAGAGCUGGUUGGAGACGAUCAAGCUCCUCCCUCGACGACUCUGCCACCACACUGCUAUUUUACAGAAAAACAGAGUGUAAAGAACGACGAUCUCGUCAUGGCUACUGGGGAUGAUUCAAGUGCAGCCAUUGAAUUCGAAACCUUCCAAGAAAUCCCAAGAACGAAUUCUCGGGGAGAAGAGUUGUCGAAUUCAGCUGAAAAGAAGAAUUCGAUUCAGGCCAAAAUACCUCUGGAAACGGCGGUACAGAGCAGGAGAGAGGGGGAUUUGGGUGGAGAAGUGGGAAGUCGUUCAGAUCCAACCAGUGGUGCCGAAACCAUCUAUGGAGGACCAGGAAGCUUUUCCCUGGAAUGGAAUCCAUCGAAUGCUUCUGAAUCGAAGGAACCCAUUCUAGCUAAAUCUGCUCUACAAAAGCUCGGUAACGGCAAGGAAACGACUGAAGUGGGUGGAGCAAUCGACGAUGAUUCGGACCAAAUGGAAGUUUCAGACACGUUUUGGAAGGAUCCAGGAAGCUGUAGAGAGCUUCAAUUCGUCUCGAAGCAACUGGGAAUUAAAACCCCCAAAAUCGACUUGGUUUUUCUAUGUUGCGGAUAUUCAAAUUCCGGCGACGGCGGGAAGAGGAAACUCAUCGAUUCGACGAGAAUGGUGAUGAAUCAAGGCUGGAAAAGGGAUCUAAAUUUCAAUCGGAGGCCUGGAGAGGACGUGGGAGUUGAUGAAUUGGAUUGGGAAUGCUUCAAUUCGAAAACCCCAAUUUGUUCAAAGGAGUUCGUGUGCAAAGAAGAGCUCCGACGACGAGCUAACUAUUUUGAUCCCUUUCAGGUGCAAUUGAUCGGGGAUAAAGGGUUUUUUCAGGCCCAGGAAGAGUUCACAACCGCACUGCAAGCUUCAAAGGUGUUGGAAGAGCUCGAAGGUCGAUUUGAAUCUGUAAAUUUUCUGCCGCAAAAGAUGUUCGAGCAGCCCACUUUCGAUCCAAUUUGGGAUCAAUUCUGUGAACGAUUUGAGCAACGAAAUGCUAAAGUGUUGAGGGCAACACUUUUUCAAGAGGGAGGGCCUGAUAUGAUCCCAAAUUGCCCACAAUUCACGUCACAAUUACUUGACAAAGAAGCUAUCAAAGUUGGGAAGAAGAAGGGCAGAAUUUGGUUAAGUGUUGGAACAGUGUCAAGGUACAUACUUUGGAGGCAUGGUUCUCGCAAUUGGCUCGAUGGAAAUUCAGUCUUAAGGAUUCGUUUUGCAGAUAAAGUUUCCAUCUAUCCAAUGGUAUGCUUGAUGGAUUCAAAUGAUGUCAUUAAGGUUGUUUUCCAAGGCCUCAAAGUUGCUACCUCAAAACUGGAAAACUGCCAGAAAAUGACUAAGGCAGAAAACUGUUCUGUGAGGCCUACUUUGGAGCUCAACUCAAGGCGCAUGGAUGGGAUUCAAGUCAAAAGGCUUCCACAAAAUGAAACUAGGUAUGUUUGUGAACAAAGGGAAGGAAUUGGAUGAAAGAUUGGAAUUUGGGAAGGCCUCGAACGAAAGGCGCGAAGUUAGUACGAAAGCUGCCUUUUGACUGUUUUGCUGGCAGCUUACUUGCACUUGAAGAAAGAGAGUUUAAACCCGAAUUUUAUGUCCUUUUUAGUGUAGAAUUUUACCUUAAUUGUUUUCUACUUCUAUUAUGAUUGUAUUAGGUUUUAUUUGCCUUUAAAUACCGUUCUAUUUCGUUGUAAAAUUCAGAGUUGAUUGAAUAGAAAAGAAACCGUUUGGUUUGUG